AUGGUGAUAGUUUUUAAGCGUCUUCCGCCAACUCCACCCAGUCGAGCACAAGCUCAAGCAUUACAAAGAGUUCAACAGAAUUAUGGCAACACAUUAAAACAUUCAGUUAGUAAUCGAUGGUUUAUUUUGUUAUUACUUUCAUAUGGUCUGAACGCAGGAGCAUUUUACGCUAUUUCGACACUACUUAAUCCAAUUUACUUAUCGUACUAUGAUAAACAAACUGAAACAGCAAGUCGUUAUGCAGGUUUGAGUGGGAUGCUGUUAAUCUUAUCUGGAAUUGUUGGAUCGUUAUUAGCUGGAUUUGUCCUUGAUCAAUCAAAAGCUUACAAUUUCUUUAUGACGGGUUAUCUUCCGAUUGGAUUUGAAUAUGGCGUAGAAAUAACCUAUCCACAGAAUGAGGCUAUUUCAGGAAGUUUAUUAAACAUAGCAGCUCAAAUAUCUGGAAUAGUCAUAACAAAAGUACAAGAAUUUUUAAUUUUUAAACAUGAUAAAGUAUUAUUAUCAAAUAUAAUGAUAUGUGUUGUUCUUGGAAUAGGAACUAUUAUUACUGGCAUAAUUCGAUCUCCACUUCGACGACAAGAAGCACAAAGAGGAACAGGUGUUUUACUUGACAGUUAA